AUGGCGAGCCAACACUCUGAAACCACUGACCACCUCCGAGCUGUCAUUGUCCUUUCCCGCACCAGCUACGCACAAAACCGGGACGAGCAGGAAGCAAACGCCGAGCACAACAAAGGCACAUACGAGUUCAUCAUUCGAAACGUCCAUCGCAAACUGACACAUCACAAAUGUGCUUCUGCCACGUCUGGUGGCCAUGCCUCUGACCCCUCCCCAGCAGCCCCACCCACGAGCUCUCCCUCCUCUGGUGCCGAAACGCAGCAGCUUCCAGUACCGCAUCCCUGUGUGGCGGCCUCGGAAUUCGUAAACGUCAACCUCAGCCACAUUCGACUCGAAUCCAACAUCGAGAACCUCGCCAACCGUGGCCACGAAGAGCUCUUGAACCUCCGCUCCACUCUUGACGCCUACGAAGCCGAACCCAACGCCCCAAAAGCCCACGUCAUCCUCGCAAUCUACGAAAAGAGAGGCCUCGGCUUCAACAUGAUGGGCAUCAAGGACUUCUUCAGCCGAUACAAGCGCCUCACCAUCACGCUGGUCGUCUUUGAAGAAGUGCGAGGUCGAAUCGACUACACCUUUCGCUGCUAUCAUAUGCACAAACUCCUCCGCUCGACAGAUGCGCCACACCUGGACAAGUACUCGGACCUGCUCGAGGAUAUGUGCCUGCUUGCCUUGGAGAGGAAGAACGAUACGGACACGCUGGCGGAGUUGGUGGCGCGGCUUGGUGCCCCUCCUCCCUCGGACCCAUGGCAGAUUGCACGCGACCAGGAGAGGGAAGAUGUCGCUCAGUGGUGGCGUGACUUUCGAUACUUGGUGCAGAACGAGCCUCGUAAUCAGAGUAUCUACAACGAGACUCGCUGGUAG